CACAUACCCAUCAUCAUGUCAUGAGAUCAUCAUCACGCAGCCUCAAACUCCGUGCCUGCAUCAACACCUAGAGGAAGCACCAGAAACUGCAGGAAGCAAAUGCACAAAUUUCCUCAGCCAUGAAUCAGUCCCUCGGAAAAUGAUGUGGCAGCCUUCAGUGAUGAAAAACAACCCUCCUCACCGAGUCGUGAUGAGGUGAACCGGCGGCUGGAGCUCCACCAGAGACACACACAGACUCACAGAGACACACACACACAGAGAAGGGGAGAGACCACCAACAUCAACACCACCACCAGCAGCACCGUGCAGGAAAAGCGGCCGUCUCCUCAGAGACCAUCCCCGACGCCCACACUUCCGGACUGGAGCCUCUGGAGGCAGCUGGGUCGGGAUGCGUCCGUCUCCCGGUGCUGCUUGAGAUGAGGAUAAGACGACGACGUCUUCCCCGGUGAAACGACGGUGUUCGUCACGUUUCAUUAGACGUGCCCGUUACAAUCUGAGCAGCACCGAUCAAACCGCGGAGAUUCAUUCGCUCAGCACUCAGAGGGGAUUCAGGCUUUAGCCAUAUACUGUCUAUCUGCUGUCAACUGUUGCUUAUUCCCACUGUAAAUGAAUCUUAUAAGGUUUAUGAACAACCGUGUUCCUCCUAACAAGAGAUACCAGCCCACAGAAUAUGAGCAUGCUGCCAACUGUGCCACGCAUGCGUUAUGGAUAAUCCCCAGCCUGCUCGGCAGCUCCGUGUUGCACUUCCAGUCGGAGGACCAAUGGGAGCGGCUGUCAGCCUGGGUGUACGGGGCGGGGCUCAGCUCGCUCUUCAUCAUCUCCACCCUGUUCCACACUGUGGCCUGGAAGAAGAGCCACCUACGGUCUGUGGAGCACUGUUUCCACAUGUGUGACAGGAUGGUGAUCUAUUUCUUCAUUGCUGCCUCCUACGCCCCUUGGCUGAACCUGCGGGAGCUGGGUCCCUGGGGGUGUCACAUGCGCUGGCUGGUGUGGGUCAUGGCCUCUUUUGGAACCACCUACGUCUUCUUCUUCCAUGAAAGGUACAAGAUCACAGAGCUCAUCUGCUAUACGGUGAUGGGAGUUUUUCCUGCCUUGGUCAUCCUCUCAAUGCCGGAGCAGUCGGGGUUGUAUGAGCUGCUUGUGGGCGGAGCCUGCUACUGUCUGGGGAUGGUCUUUUUUAAAAGUGAUGGCAUCGUCCCAUUCGCUCACGCCAUUUGGCACCUAUUUGUCGCUAUGGGAGCAGCCAUACACUACUAUGCCAUCUGGAAGUACCUCUAUGCCCAGCCGCCUAGUCAGGUCCAGACCUCCAGAUGACAACAGCGCUGACCUCACAGGAAGUAGCUCCUGCAUUUGAGCAACUUCAUGAAGAUAAUGUAAGCUGUGUCCUAAUUCAGUGGCUACAUCCUUUCAAAAGCAAGUGGGCUGAACCUCCUCCACAAAUAAGACAGUGUAGAUCACAGUAACAAAAACUAAUGGUGCAUUCAGGUGAUCCUCGUUAGCUUGUAAAUUAAAAAAAUCUAAUUAAAUUAGAAGGUACAAUGUUUACCGUGUUCACUAUUUUAGUUUAGUGUGUUAGCAUACUUAUAUUUCUAAUUAGCACCAAAUACAGCUGAGCCUGAUGGGAUUGUCAUUAUUUUUGCAGGAAAUCAGCUCUGUCUGUACCACAUUUUGUGAUAAUCCAACCAAUGGUUGUUGAGAUAUUCAGUCUGGAACAGAGUGGUGGAUCGUCUCACUGACUGACAUUGCCAUUUCUAAAGGAAGGCUGCUUGCAUGGAUCAAGAACCAGUAGUCAAACCGGGUACACAAUAACUGAGUUUACAAUACCAGGUAGGAACAUCACGAGAACUUAGACUUUGAUACCAAAUCGAUGCCAAAGUUCUGAAAACAUGCGGUACUUGGUUUUCUCUGGUACUGUAGUUACGGGGGAUGUAAUUCUUUCAGAGGUGAUGGGGCAGCAUAUACACCUACAAGUGUUCUAGUUUGCCUUUUAAUACCAAAUAAAGAAGAAGAAUGACUACCAGUGUUAAAGAAGAACAACCUGUGGAAGAUGGCCAAUGAAUUUUGUUAAUUCUUUGCAGUGGGACCGCCAAGUAUUUACACUACGCUACAAACACCAAGAGCGUGACGAGGCACUUACUGACAAUUCUGCACGUUUAGUGUUUUUCUUCUGGUCGCCAAGAGUUGAAAGAUGUUUAACUCUGGGUAAAAUGCUGCAUUUGUCACUGUCACUUUUUACUCAGCCAUCCAAUUACAACACUGUAGGCUUUAUAUUAAUAUAUGGUUUCCAGCCAAUAACAUCUCACGAACCCACAUAGACUAGUGUUUCUAGUUCAAGGUGGAUCAUCAGGGAUUAACAGUAGAAUUUAUAUUGAAUUUAAUUUAAAUGUUUUUAGUAAAGGAGUGUAUGUACGUGGAGUCUAUUGUUUUGUUCUUGUUUGUUACUGUGGUAUCAAACUGGGUAUCGAGAGGCAUGGAAUUUCAUUGGCAUCGGUAUCAACAACUAAAUUCCUGGUUUUGUAAUGUGCCUUGUACCAGUUUUGAUGCUUGAGCUCAACACAUGAUGAACAAUUACAACCAGUGUACUUGAGUAAUUGUAAAUGUAUCCAUGUUACUUCAGUUUAUCUUCUAAGAGGUGAUGAGGACACUUGAAUGCACCAUGGAGCAAUUGUCCGGCAUGCAGUAGAUUGUAGGAUACUGUGGUGAAUACUGGAAAUAUUUCACCAGUUGUUUUUAUCGAAUGUGUCUAAAAAGAAGGCUGCGUUUGGAGGAAACAUUGAGGCAGCCUCUCAGCGUGUUGUGAAAACUUCAAAGGAGGCAGCCCGUGAACUGGGACACAGCUUUUGUUUUUGUUUUUAGCAGUCCACUUUAGUUCAGUCUUAUGUUAUUUGGUUUUAUUCCAAUGAUCAGGGGUCAAAUUACUAUUCUUGGAGAUUUCUCUCUACGUGGUGCACGUCCAGAUUCAGUGUUCAGAAGCUGAAUUGAAGGCAUUGUCUUAUUGUCAAGGGGAGGACAAUGUUUACAAUUAGCUGACUUGACUAUCAUAAUAAGUUUUAGGACAUUAUUUGAAGUAUUAUUAUCAUUAUUAACAGAUGGUUUUGGUUUGAUCAUAUUUAGGAGGUUGUGACAUCAGUAAUUUACUAUUCCAAUUCAGAGCUCUAGAUAGUAUUAUUACUGUUAUUGUUACUAGCUGUGCUAUCUACACUGUAGUACACUAUAUGGUUUAACAGCGGUUGCUUCAGUCAGUGAUUUACUUGUGAUUUCUAAAUCAAGCAUGACUGUAAGAUGGUUUUCUUUUUGUUGAACAUACAGAUAUUUAUGGUUUUAGCCUCAGAGACUUUACUUGUGUGCUUCCACCUUUACCAGGCUCUACACAGUAGUUUAUCAAAGCAUAAUUACUGAAUUCUAAUAGUUUACUGUUGUUGAUUAGGUUUAGUAAGUGAAGAUGUCAUCAGUACGAUUUAUACAGUAUAUAUAUUUAUUAAUGACGUACAGUAUAUGUUGACCUCAUCUAUAUUUUCUUCUAUCGUACUUAAAGUAUCAGCAGAUUAUCAUCUUCAUCUUAACGAGCGGGACCAUUUGAUAGAGUUUGUCAAAGCUACAUGGUUGAAACUCAGAGGGGGAAAACCACUGUCUGAUUCAGCACUGCCAGAAGACUGACUUACUGCCGUACCUGAUAGCACACUACUACCAUAUACGUCUCACACUUGAAAGGAAACUGAAGCUAUAGUAUUGUUGAACAAUCUGGCCCAAUAUUAAAGGAGCAGUGUGUAGGAUUCAUGGGAUUUAGUGGCAUUUAGCGUUGAGGAUUGCAGGUUUUAACCAGCUGAAACUUCGUCUGGUUAGAAUUAAUUCAGUGUUCAUUGGUCAGGGUUUUUUUAAAAGGAGCCGAAUUAUCUGCAGAGGUCUCUUUCUCUAUGAAACAAAUGGACCAGGUGAUUAAAACACUGAGUAAAACAAUUUCAUGUUACAAAUCAGUGUAUCUCCGGUGUUAUUUGGUGCAUUGCAACGGCCGCUAGCCCAGCACAUGCUAAUGUGUGCUCACCUUUUUUACCCGAUAGUUUAAGACUCAAAUGUUCAGGAGGUUUUUAUCAGAAGCCGAAUUAUCUGCAGGGGUCUCUACCUCUGCAAAACAAAUGGACCCAGUGAUUUAAACUGGGAAAAGCACUGAAUAAGGCUGUUUCACGUUAAAAAACAUAAGCGUUUCGUCAGGAAGGGGCUGCUUACUACAGUGGCUGAAGUGAAAUUGCAAAUGGCCCUAACUACAGCCAGUGUUUGGUUUGUCCAUUCGUGGCUACAGUAGAAACAUGGCGGUGCUCUAUGUAGAUAUAAACG